AUGGCGUCGUGGCUCCAGAUCCCCAAGAACUCGCCCUUCUCGCUGGCCAACAUCCCCUUCGGUAUCAUCUCAGGCCAGUCCGCCUCGCGGGUCCCCGCGGUUGCCAUCGGCGACUAUGCGCUCAACCUGAGCGCUUUCGCCUCGUCUGGCGGCUUUGCACAGCUCCCCGCCAUCCAGCAGCACUUGGGUGUGUUCAGCCAGCCCACUCUGAAUGCCUUCGCAGCGCUGGGACGCCCCGUGCACCGCCAGGUGCGCGAGUAUCUGCAAAACGUCUUCCGUGCCGACACCCAGUUCCCCCAGGUGCUUAAAGAUAAUGCCUCGCUACAGCAGUCGGCCCUGUUGCCUCUGUCGCAGGUCACCAACCACCUCCCCAUGCAGAUCGGCGACUACACGGAUUUCUAUGCCGGCCUGAACCACGCUUACAACAUUGGUGUGCUCUUCCGUGGGCCGGACAACGCCCUGCAGCCUAACUACAAGCACCUUCCCGUGGGCUACCACGGCCGUGCCUCGUCGGUGGUAACUUCGGGCACGCCUCUGCACCGUCCCAACGGCCAGAUCCUGGCCAACCCGGCCGCUACCCCCAAAGUGCCGACGUUCUCGCCGUGCAAGCGCCUCGAUAUCGAACUGGAACUUGCCGCCUUCGUCAGCACGCCCAAUGAUCUCGGCAAGCCUGUCCCCAUCGAGGAGGCCGAAGACCACAUCUUCGGCCUGGUGCUCAUGAACGACUGGUCUGCGCGCGACAUUCAGGCCUGGGAGUACGUCCCACUGGGCCCGUUCAACGCCAAGAACUUUGGCACGACCAUCACGCCCUGGGUGGUCCUGAUUGAUGCUCUCGAGCCUUUCCGUGCCUCCGGCCUGGAACCAGGAAACCGCGAGUCUUUGCUGCCGUAUCUGCGCGAGAAGCACGCGGACAGCGCCUUUGACAUCGCCCUUGAAGUCGAGCUGACCAACAAGGGCGGUAAGCCCACGACCAUCUCCAAGACUAAUGCUCGCAACCUCCUCUUUUCAUUCCCUCAGAUGCUCGCUCACCACACCAUCACGGGCUGCAAUAUGAACACCGGUGACUUGCUGGGCUCGGGCACUAUCUCAGGCACGGAGCCCAAGACCCAGGGAAGUCUGCUGGAACAGACUAAUGGCAAGAACCCGCUGAAGCUGGAGGAUGGGUCGGAGCGUCUUUUCCUAGAGGAUGGCGACACGGUCGUUCUACGCGGCGUGGCUGGCUCCGAAGGGAACUAUGUCGGUUUCGGUGAUUGUGUCGGCACCAUCUUGCCUGCACACCCGCUCUAG